GGUGUCGCUGUGGCGCGGAUGUUUCCUGCGAGCGCGGAAGACAUAAACCCGCAGAAGAAGACGCGCUGCAGCUGCUCAUCAUAAGCGCGAGAGAGUGUCUACAGUAGUGUUCACUCAUAACUCUGACAUCUUUUGAGUUUUCAGUUUUCAGUUUCAGAGGGAGCUGGUGCCGCUGCGGUGAUGUCCAAGCCGAGCACGUUCACCGCGGCUCUCGCCACUAUGUUAGGAGCCACUCUUGGGGGUCUGUUCCUGUGGCGCAGCAUCCGCACACAGAAGAGAAAGGCCCUCAAGGGCCCCGCUUCAGCCGAGCCCGUACAAGCCCAGCUAGAAGCGGAUGUCACGGCCUCACAGCCAGCAGGACGAGAGACGACGGCACCGCCGCAAACCCAGACGCUUCUGCGUGUGCACUCGCUGCUAGAGGUGCCGCCGGUGAUCGUCAGCACGCCAGGAGACUGGGAGACGCUCUGGCCUGGUUUCCAGAAGGAUCUGUCCGUCUAUCCGGUUCUGGGAUUGGACUGUGAAUGGGUAAAAAGCAUGCGUGUGUCUGUCAAAGGCAAGGCCUCUGCGGUCUCCUUACUCCAGCUGGCGACGUUCUCCGGACGCUGUGUGCUGGUCAGACUGCUGAAGUUUCAAGAUGCACAGCUUCCCCUCCCCGAGGGACUCGUCGGGGUGCUCUCUGACCCCCGUGUGCUGAAGGUGGGGGUGGGAUGUUAUGAGGAUGGGAAACGGCUGGCUCAGGAUCAUGGGCUGACUCUGAGUUGCACCGUGGACCUGCGCUACCUGGCCCUCAGACAGAGGCAAGCGGUGCUGAAUAACGGCUUGAGUCUGAAGUCUCUGGCUGCAGACCUGCUGAACGUCACGCUGGACAAAUCGCUGGAGCUGCGCUGCAGUGACUGGGAGGCGGAUGUGUUGACCCGAGAACAGAUGGUGUAUGCAGCACAUGAUGCACAGAUCUCCGUCGCCCUGUUUUUUCACCUGCUGGGGAUGAACACCGCCGAGGGUGAAAGCACAUUUGUCCAGCUGGCAUCAUGCUGCCAGGGGCUGGUGGACGUGCCCUUCAGGGCGCGCUAUAACGGAGAGGGGGAAGAAGGGGAGAGAAAGAGGCGAAGCCGAAAGUCCACGGUGGAGAGUCCCGAGUCUGGAGACCAGCAAGUUCCAGACCCACGGCGAAACAAACGCAAACCACUGGGAGUCGGUUACUCGGCCAGGAAGUCUCCUCUUUAUGAUAACUGUUUCCUUCAUGCUCCCGAUGGCCAGCCGCUCUGCACAUGUGACAAGAAGAAAGCCAAAUGGUACCUGGAGAAGGGGAUAGGAGAAUUGCUCAGCGAAGAUCCCUUCGUUGUCCGGCUGCUGUUUGAGCCGUCAGGCCGUCCAGACUCCCAGAAAGACUACUACCUCACAGCCAAAGAGAACGUGUGCGUGGUGUGCGGGAAGACCGACUCUUACAUCAGGAAGAACAUUGUCCCACACGAGUACAGGCGCCACUUCCCACCUGAGAUGAAGGACCACAACUCGCACGACAUCCUGUUGCUGUGCACUUCCUGUCACGCGGCCUCAAAUGUGCACGACGGGGUCCUGAAGCAGCGGCUGGCCGAGGAGCACUCCGCACCGCAGGGCUGCGAGGAGGGCAUUCGGCUGCUCGAGGACGCAGACCGCCGGCGGGUGCGAUCGGCCGCGAGGGCUCUGCUCAGCGCCAGCGACGGGAUGCCCCAGACCCGGAAGGAGGAGCUCCUGACGGUCAUCCAGAGCUUCUUCUGCAACGGACAGCAGGAGGUCACGCAAGACAUGCUUCAGAGAGCUGCCGCGCUGGAAACCAGGAUCUUUAAUGAGAGUUAUGUGCCGCAUGGACUGAAGGUAGUGCAGGUGUAUGCCGAGCGUGGUCUGCGGGGCCUGAUGGACUUGGAGCGCUGCUGGCGACAACACUUCCUGACCAGCAUGCAGCCUCGCCAUUUGCCCCCUCUCUGGUCCGUCAGCCACAACCAUGACAAAUAUCUGCGCAAGUACGGUGAGGACCUGCAAAUCCAGCUCAACUGAGCUUCUCUCCAGAAAGAGACUUUGUGCACUACUUCUGGGAUAGGAAGGUUUCCACUGCGUGUGCAACACCUUGGUGUCCUCGUCCUAUGCGUUUGAGUGUGUACCAGAGACUGACUCGCCUUGGCUACAGAUAAGCUCUGGUGUUGACUUCCAAUUGAGAAAAAACAACAACCUAAGACUAGACUGUGGGCCCAGUUUGACUGGGUUCUAAGGGACCAGAUGGAAAUCGGGUAAGAGACUCUUUGGGGAUCGAAAGCCACUGUGGUGAACAGUAGAACGCUAAACUCAAGGAUGGUGCAAGAACAAAAAUGGUGAUAGUUAAAAUAACAAAAAAGCGUAAUGUGCACACUUUUUAAUGUUUAAAAUGUUGAAAAGCAUUCUCAUUUCCCUGUGAAAAGUAGAAUCUACUGUAUUUUAACCAGCCCAAACCUGCUCUUAAUUCUUAAAGAUUCAUAGCAUACAAUUCUUGCAGGUUUGAGGCCAUAUUAAAUGUGUUUGUGUUAAAUCAGUUUGUCUUUUGAGGCUAUACAAAAUGGCCAUUUUUACUUAUUAUGGAGCUCUGUCAUUUCUGUUUAAUUUCAGGCUGGUUUUUUUGUGGGUUUUGAGGAAAACUCAAUUUAUCUUUGUAAGUCUGGACCAAAUUGAGCACAGCUUAGCACAUGAUGUCUCUACAAUGAAUGAUCAUUCUUAGAGUCAGGACACCUCCACAACACACCAGCAUAACAUCUUCCGGUGUGUGUAUAUAUACCCCUGACACAUUAAAGACCUGCUUAAAUGAUGGUGGAUGAAAUUCAGUCUCACCCGAUCAAGAUUUUGUAGUGCUAGUCUGUGUUGUGUUUGCAGUUUCAGCCUGAGAGAUUCAGCUCCAUGGGAUAGAAACAAUUAUAAAUGGCCAAAUCAAGGACACUGAAGUCUGAGCCUAACAUAAUUUAACUUAAGAAACACUACAGCUUUCCUUUUUAUUUACAUUUGUCCAGAUGUAAGCUAUUAAAAGCUUGUGUUUCCUUAAUGUCAAUAAAUUAAAUUUCAUAUGUUAAGAGUG